GGGCACACCACACCACUCCUCCACUCCACUCCACUCCCCGCCAGCACUUCACGUACCUAGCCAGCCAGCAAUGGCGAUGCAGCCGGGCGGCGAGGGGGAGACGCUGAUGCAGCGGUGCAAGCCGUACGUGGCGAUGAUCUCGCUGCAGUUCGGGUACGCCGGGAUGAACGUGAUCACCAAGGUGUCGCUGAACCACGGCAUGAGCCACUACGUGCUGGUGGUGUACCGCCACGCCUUCGCCACCCUCUCCAUCGCGCCCUUCGCGCUCUUCCUGGAGCGCGGCAAGGCCCGCCCGCCGCGGAUGACCCCCCUCGUCUUCCUCAACAUCUUCCUCCUCGCCCUCAUGGGCCCCGUCAUCGACCAGAACUUCUACUACGCCGGCCUCAAGUACACCUCGCCCACCUUCUCCUGCGCCAUGAGCAACAUGCUCCCCGCCAUGACCUUCGUCAUGGCGGUCAUCUUCCGGAUGGAGAAGGUGGACCUCAAGAAGGCCAGGUGCAUGGCCAAGGUGGCCGGCACGCUCGUCACGGUGGCCGGCGCCAUGCUCAUGACGCUCUACAAGGGCCGCGCCGUGGAGAUGAUCUGGUCCAGGCACGCGCACCUCCCCGGCCCGCACCAGGACGCCGCCGCCGCCGCCAAGGACUGGUUCAAGGGGUCCAUAUUCCUCAUCAUCGCCACCCUUGCAUGGGCCUCCCUCUUCAUCCUCCAGGGCCCGACGCUGACGAGGUACGACGCGCCGCUGACCCUGACGACGCUCAUCUGCUUCGUGGGCACCCUGCAGGCCAUCGUGGUCACCUUGGCCAUGGAGCACACCACCGACGUCUGGAAGAUCGGCUUCGACAUGAACCUCCUCGCCGCCGCCUACGCCGGUAUCGUGACGUCGAGCAUUGCCUACUACGUGCAAGGGCUGGUGAUCCAGAGUCGGGGCCCGGUCUUCGCCUCGGCCUUCAGCCCGCUCAUGAUGAUCGUGGUGGCCAUCAUGGGCUCCUUCAUCCUCGCCGAGAACAUCUACCUCGGAGGGAUCAUCGGGUCCGUCCUGAUCGUGGCCGGGCUCUACUCGGUGCUCUGGGGGAAGCACAAGGAGGACGUGGAGAAGAAGGAGAUCGAGGCGAGGGAGAUCCCCGUGGCGAUCAAGGGCGUCGAGGGCAACGGCAGGAUCAUGGACAUGGUGGAGCUGGACGAGGUGGAGCUGGAGAAGGCCCAGGCCAACGGCAAGGCGGUCACCAUCUCGGUGCCCGCCGCCGCCGGGGAAGCUGCCCGGGUGCAGCGCGACGACGAGAACUGAUCGUUGGAGCAAGAGAUAGGUGGAUCUUGAUGCUGUGGUGGUGCGGUGGUCUAGUGCUCUGAGCAGUGGUGGUAGUAACAGUAAGAGUAUAACUGGUCUUCCUGGUGACGAACCUGGUAAAACAUAUGCUGUGAGGAAGAGCUUUGUAACGUCUCUAGCUAAUUAAGCCGAUGCUUUCUGUUUGUGGUAGCCUGUCUUAUCUAUCUGCAUCUCUUGUAUCAGCUACCCCCUUCAGAAGUUAAUUAUGACA